UUUGCGCACUGCGUGCCGAUGCCUACUAGCCGUCGCUGUUCCCUCCAGUGGACGAGUCGCAGCUUGUCUCUUCACUUUCCGCCCUGCAACCGAGCAUUCCAGAACCAAGCAUAGAAUGAGCGGCUGAUGACGACCACCAUUAUUAUCAGUGUCGCUGAGAAGAGGGGUGGGUGCUAGUGUUGGUCAGCGAUCAGUGAGCUUGUUAGUGUGUUGCAGCGGUUGGGUUUAAGCUGGUGUGGGUGGAACUAUCUGUUGUAGAUCGAGGGGGUUUAGGCGGCUCUGUGAAGACUCUUGCAAAUGCUACAGCUUUUUGGGGUCCCUGGUGCGUUAGGAGGGUGCAUGACGACUGGUUAGAUCAGUUGUCUCGUGUAAGAGGUGUGCGGUGAUGGUAGUGAAAAGCCUGUGUGUGACAGGGCAUGGAUGUUAACGUCAUUUGGAGAGUGGCAUGAGCUUUGGCAAGAAGGGCUUUCAAGUGUUGAAUUCUCCUGUUCUUGGUGGUGUAAACUGAGGUAGCUGGGAUUGGGGAGGAUACGGUGGUAGUGAAGGUUGCGACGCUCACAAUUUUCGGUUGUUGCAAGGAGGUCUCGGGGGAAGAGAUGGUUGCAAGAGUUGAGGACUGUUUUCUAGGCAGGGAGCAAGGGUUCGGUUUAAGUAAAUUUUCAUGGAAGUGGAGCCAAGGCUCGAAUCAGGUGGCUCAAUGUCUGAGAGAUGGAGAUGUCCAGCACAGCAACUCAUUCUACGAUGCUUCAAGGAGUGGAGAUCUCCCGACGUGGUCAAGUAACCCCAGCGGCAUGCAGGGGUUCACGAAAGGGCUGCACAAUGUCCACUACGGUGUGCAGCCUCAUCAUUUUCUGAACGCAACUGUAGUUCCUGAAUCUGAUCAAAAUGAUAGUGUUCUGAAUUCGAACCAUGGGAGCAGCUACGUUGCGGCUCGAAACCAAGUUGCCAACGCGAUCACGCUCGCACCUGGGCGCGCCGGGGUUAACUCCUUGGCCCCAGGGCUUGCCCGCAAUCCGUCUUUUGAGUCAAUUAACAACACUGGCUCAUGCAGUACUCCAAGUUUUGGCGUCGGAUCACCGGAAACGGUCUUUCCGGCGCACCCCUCCGACUUAGGCAGUAGGGACUCCUCUGAUAUGAUGCUCCGUAAUCGUGACCAGCUUACAGUGGGUGCUUACCCUGAGUCGAAGGUUCAACCCCAGCUGUCCGACUCUCAGAGCAAUGACAGUCUGAGCUACGGCAGUCAGGACGCAAUCGUCAAUUGCGUGGACGACUUCUGGAGUCCACAGGAGGCAAUAGACGCGGUCCUUCCAGAUUUUCGAUUGGAAGCAAUGCCAGACGAAAUUUCAGAUACCGGUGCAUGCGGGCUCUCGUUCUCCGACGGACAAUUGGGCUCCUUGGUGUCCACUCAUCAUGGACAUUCCACCGGGGACACCGGUCCUUACAAUUACUUUAGAAGAGGUUCUGAGUUGGCGGCAUCGCUAUCAACGAUGGCUCACGCAGCCCCAGCGCCAGACUUUUGCCAAUCUUUUCUCGUUGGAGGCGUUGAUGACUCUGAGAACCCCAUGAUUGGCAACAGUGUUAACCUAAGUACAAGGCCUAGCCAGCUCUCGAUUCCGCCGAAGCUCUCUUCACAGGCUGUCUUCAACGGUUCACCCGAUCACCCUGGACGUCUCUGCUGGUCGCACCAGCCAUGGUCGAGUUCUCAACAUACCUCUGGAAGUGGAUCCCUCGAUUAUAUCAAGCAGCAUAACAUCACGUCACCCACCAGUCUUGCCGGUUCUUCGCCGAGUUCCCCAACAACGCCCUUGGACCAGCAUUUGUUCGCGUCGUCGACUCUUCAGGGUACAAGUCCAGUUGGGAACAUCAGUUCGGUGUUGAAGGCGGACGAGAUUCAGAAGAAGUUGGCAGAACUCAUCGGUGCGAACAGCAACAAACGUUCUUUCUCCGCCAUGCUGGGUACAUGUGCCGCUGGCACUGCAUACGGUGGAUCCUCUGCGUCGGGUGGCAAAGAAACUUCUCUUUCUCUUCCGUCUCUAGGCCAAGGAGGUGCAAACACAGACAAAUUUGAUGCUGCUGCGCUGAGCGCGCUGUUAUACAGCAACUCUCCAGCUGAUCAGGACUUUCGCUCCAAUUUUGCGUCUCCUCCAGCCCCGAAGCAGCGACGCCGUCACGGCACUGCGACUGAUCCUCAGAGCAUUGCUGCUCGCACUCGCAGGGAGAAGUUCACUGACCGCAUUCGUAUUCUGCAGAGUCUUGUGCCGAAUGGAGAGCGCUUGGACACUGUGCACAUGCUCAGCCAGACAUUUGAGUAUGUUCGCUUCCUUCAACACAAGGUCUGGGACCUUUACAACAACAAAGACUCCAUUUCGGAAGUGAAGUGUGAGAAAUGGAAGGAGUUUGUUGAUGCAACCACCGGUCAGGUGAUUGUCUGAAAAAGAUGCCGUACUCGAAGAUCAUCAUGGCAUGUAAACCUCAAGAUUCUUGGUUUCGAGGCGGGUUGAGGGAUUGGACAUGUGAAAUUCAUGCUCCCAUUUGUCCCUGGCUCCCAAGAUUUUGAACCGAGCUUCUAGCUCCAUGCCUGUAUUAUGUGUAGCUCCUAGAUCCAGUAGCUCCUGUUUUCGUAAGUUGUGCAGCCGCUGGUUUUUAGCGGGAGGAUCGUUUUGUUACCGCCUGGAAGUGGGAGCUUCCUCUUGGCUGGUAUCCUCGCUACUGUCACCAUUGGGCUGCGGAUUGUGUCUAGAUGGAUGCAGCAUUCUCAGCAAUCCAUGUUUUCACAAGAUGUAGCCUGUACCAUGUUUUCAUUCCGAGGCCGUCAGGGGAUGUGAUUAACCUUCCAGGCGUGAGCUGAUUGAAUGUGGUCUUGUUGGUGCCGUGACAUGCCACCGAUGAGGUAUAGGUUGGAAUCAUUGUGUUUUUAUCAGUGUUAGGCUAGAUGCGGAUUUCGCUUAGUUGCCAAUUGUACUCUGGACAUCUGUGUGUUACAUUACACAUGAUAAUAAAAUCUUAUUUCUACAA